AUGGAGCCCAUUGCUGAAAAAGGGAAACAACGAGCAAAUGCAAACGAGUCGUCUUCAGCACAACCGGCACUGGGAGACUCGGCACCAGAUGCCUCCGCCUCAACGGAACAACCCCCAAAAGUUAAGCUCUGGGGAGGCAUGGACGCCGAAGACGAAAACACACUGCACAGUCUACCCUCUGUCCCAAACGUCGACAUUCGAGCCAACCGGGCUGUGCAAGGCGUUCAAGACUAUUAUCCCAGUCAAGUCUACUUAUCAUCAUCAUCAUCAUCAUCAUCAUCAUCAUCAUCAUCAUCAUCAUCAAUGAACCACCGAUCCAACGAUUGCCACCUUCUGCAGCUCCCGGCAGAGCUUCUAGACAACAUCCUCUCGUACCUGUCACCGUUGGAUCUCGCCGCAGUCAGCGGGACCUGCCAUGCUCUCCACACCCGCGCCAACUCCAACUACCUCUGGCAGGCCAUCGUGCAGGACCACGUUCCCGGCGAAACAAUUACGUCUCCCUACCCGUGCAGCAGGUUCCGCGACCUAUGGAUCGCCCACGAUCCUCGCUGGUUCCUUCCAAAAUACAAGAUAUGGUUCUCGGGGCAGGAUUUCAUGGGGAAGCUGAUCCUGGUUCGGUACGACCAGCGCAGGGGUUGUAUAGAGGGCUACCAGCUGCUGGCCAUGCGUACGAGGACGGAAUACCAACACUGGAACGACGACAGGGAGAUCAUAAUACACAACUUUGAGCCCGAGGUGAAGCUGCACCUGGACAAGCCCGCCUUGCAACUGCGGUGCGAGGGCAACACGAGCCGGGACUGGCAAUGGCACGACGAGCCGGGGAGCGACAAGAACGCCUGGAGGCGAGACUUUGGAAACAUUAGCGUCAUACGCCCAAACUCGUCCUCUCCGCCGCCCAAGCCAAACCGUUUUGCAUCCGAAGUGCCCAUGAUAACACCAGAGUACGGCGGAAACGCAGACGGCAUCUUUAGCAACUUCAUGCACGCCUGCCCGCUGCCCGAGGCGCAGGCCGCGCAGGCCGCCAAGACGUCGUUUCCCUACGGCGACCUGUGGCCCCCGCCGGCAGUGCCCGCGCGGCACCGCGUGGCGGCCAACAACUUCUUCCGCGCGACGAACCGCCGCUUCUCGGGCAUCGUGGUGGGCCAGCGGCCCCGCAGGCGCGCCGAGCUGUCGGAUCAGAGCUUUCGCAUCAGGAGCUGGCGCGAGAUGAGGCCCGCGCUGGCUGCCAUGCUGGGGUUGAGCGGGGUGACAAACGGAGGCGCGACGAGGAUGGUUUCGGACCAGUUGGCGCUGUUGUUCCCUCCGGCUGGGCCAAGCGCAAGCACGGAUGGUGGUGACAACGGCAGCGACAACGAGGAUGGGAGUAAUGACGGAGAGGCGGCCCAGUCAAGGGCGAUGAAUGCCGACAUAUUCAGCUUGCCGUUUGGUCCACAUAUUGACGAGCAGCUGACAACCUAUUCCACCCUCGACCCGGCGCUGUAUACGCCGACACCCGAGGCGCCAUGGCGGGGUAUCUGGGUCGGCGACUACAGCGGGCACGGGUGCGAAUUCCUACUCCUGAACCAAAUCAUCACAGGCACCGAGGAGCACGAUUUGGGCCGGGAGGAGGGACUUACGGAUGAGGAGUUCGAGGCCAAGAAGGAAGAGGCCAGGAAGUACAGAGGCAGGCUGGAAGCCAUCAAGCUCACGGGCGAUGCGAACGUCCCGCGCGGGGAGCCUACCUUCGUCGCGGAGGAUCUGGGGCCUGGGGGCUUUGUGACGGUGAUUCAAGAAAAGCCAUUCACGGGCUGUAGAGUCGUAAGGAGUAAGGGGCAUGUGGCACAGUCGGGAUUUAAUCUGGACAAGUACAUCGAGUCGCAACUCAUCAUGAUUUCACACAACCGGCUAGCACAGUACUGGGUUGACUUUGGGCAUAUUAGCUAUUUUGAGAGAGUCGACAUUGAUCGAUUCCUCAAGGUUAGCUGA